AGUAAAUUCAGAUAACUGUCACUUAGCUCUCUACAUGGUAUUUAUUAUAUUUUUAGUCCAAGCACAGGAUCUAAAAAUUUUUUUCAUUUCGCAUAUACUCAUACAUAUCACAUGUUUUGACUUUAUUAUGUCUUUUGUUUUCAAUACUCAUUUAGCUUCCACCACCACCACCACUGGCAAGCAAUUAUUUUUCUUUCACACAUACACAAAGACAUGAGAUUUCUCUCUCUCACACAUACAUUCAACUAUACGCAACGUAUAAGAAAAGUAUAUGUGCAUACGAGUAAAUAAGUAUACACGUGUAGUUUUAUUUACUUACCCGAAAGUGGCGUCAAGGAAUCUGCUUACAAUGAGAAACUAAUUUUAUAUUUCAUAGUAAAAUUUUAAGUGAUUUACUGGGCGGUAGUUUGAACGAAUAUUACAGAUUAUUAGUGUUUUUGAUUAGUUUUUAAAUCUUUCCACGAUACAGGACCUUUAAUAUCUAAAGAAAGCUAUAACAGUAAAGUGCUACCUUGAUAAACACAACUGCAGGGUCGUUAUGGCUAGUGUAUGUUCCAGUGACAAGGAGGAAUUCUUGCAAAUGAAGUCUCCAACAAAAAACGCAGAAGAGCCAAGUGUCAAAGUUGACUCUCAAGCUCUUCAACUUGAGCAACUAGCUGCUGGAAUACGACGUAGCAUUGUCUUAGAUGAAGAGGUUUUCGAAGAAACUUUCCUGCGCUGCAUGAUUUGCCGCGACCGUUAUGAGGAAAGUGUAAAAGUUCCCAAAAUACUUCCAUGUCAUCACUCUUUCUGCCUGCCAUGUUUGAUGCAGCUCUAUCAUUCAGAGUGUGCCCAAAGAAACAGCCUCACUCAUUCUCGUGCAGUUGGUGUUGGUGGAACCAUAACGUUUCAAUGCCCCAGUUGUCGUAAUUCUUUUAUGACAUCGGAAAGUCAUGUUGUCCAACUACCAACUGAUCAUCGAGUUGUUCAACUGUUGGAUUUCGUCCGUCAUACAAAUACAUAUACAGUUAACUUCUGUUCCAAGCACCAUCUUCAGCCAUUAAACUUCUUUUGCGAGCCGUGCAUCAAACCUGUGUGUCGUGAUUGCACUGUCCUGGAUCAUAAGGAUCGACAUGGCCAUUACGUUAUGGAUGUGAAUGAAGCACUGAAGAAGUAUCGCCCUGUUAUUGAGUCAGCAGUCUCUAACAUGGAAAAUGAAGCAACUUCUCUAAAGAGCAAAAGCGAAACUCUUGAAGAUUUGGUGAGAUGCAAAGAUACUAACAAUGACACUAUAAAAAAAGAAAUUAAAGACGUGUUUGUUGUCCUGAGAAAUGCCCUGGAGAACCGUGAGCAAGAUUUGAUUGAAAUAGCAAAUCAGAAUGUUUCGCGAGAAAAGCAACGGAUUAUACAGAUUAUGGAUAAGAUGGAAGAGAGACAAAUGGUAAUCAAGGAGGAAUGUUCAAAACUCCGGGAAGCUUUAUCUGACAGCAAUAUAGAAGAAAUGUUUAAUCUGCAUGAAAAUCUCAAGGCAAAAGCUAAAAACCCAAUCCAUGUAAGGGAGAUAGAUGACGGUCUCCAAACUAAUUUAUCCUUCCAUUCAAAUAUAGACUUUCUAUUAGAACAAAUUGAUAAUUAUGGUAAGAUAGAAGCACAGGUAACCAUAAACAACAUCUCAAAAAUGUCUAAAAGUCAUACAUAGGAGAAAUUAUGGAUUACUAGAUAGAAGUCAUGUCUGAUUCAAAAGGAAAUAAAAAAGCAGUUUUAAAAUUACAAAAUUCACUGCUUAAGUACUUGGCAAAGUGCAAGGGUUCUUAUACCCACUCACCCCCACAAAAAAAAAAAAAACUCCCAUCAUUAUGUAGGAAUCUGCAGAAUGAAAUUCAGUGUUUUCACUCCAAUCAAGGAACUAUAACUGUGCUCAAAUUAUCAAAGGGAAUAUUUUCGAUACAAAAACUUUACUAAAUUUAUUCCUUGUCAAUGACUCUUACAGUAAUUAAAAAGACUGAAAUGAUAAAAAGAAUUAUUUAUAUGUAUUUAUAUAUUUAUGUAUGUUUGCUUAAAUAUUUGUAUAAAAUUUAUGCACUUUGAACAGUUGAAGUACAGGUGCAUAAAUUAUCUUGCUUUCUGUUCAUCAAUAAUUUAAUCAUCCAGCUUCAUGCAAGCAUUUCAUUUCUUAAUGUCUUACUUUGUUAUUGUAUGCAUUUGGAAAACCACUUAUUUAUUUAUUUACUAUAUACUCUGAUCAGAUGUACAUUUUUCUAUAAUUUAUUUUGAAAUGAAUAACUGAUCAGUUAAGUGUAGCCUGUGUCUAUUAUAUGUAUAGCUUUUUUCGCUCCAACUUACAUUCAUGGAUUUCAUAAAUCUAACAAAUCCAUGGAUAACCAACAUUUCCAUUCAUUCUUGCAAUAAAAAUAAAA